UCCCAACCCAAUCCCUCCUUCUUAGUCUCUCUCGCCCCUGCAAGUCGACCAGCACGAGCACCUUCGACGGUCCGACGAGCACGAUAUAGAGUUGAAGAUGGAACAGAGAUUUGCCAACACUUGGCGUAUGACAGUCAAUGAGAAGAAAUUCAUCGAGAAUGCUCUGCUUUCAGACCUCAGAGUUGAUGGUCGUCGACCUUUUGACUAUCGCCACUUAACCGUUAGUUUCGGAAGAGAGGAUGGUUCAUCAGAGGUGCAGCUAGGUCAGACUCGUGUUAUGGGUGUUGUGACUUCUCAACUGUUACAACCUUACCGAGAUAGGCCAAAUGAAGGGACUCUGUCAAUAUAUACUGAAUUUUCACCAAUGGCUGACCCUUCGUUUGAGACAGGGCGUCCUGGGGAGUUUGCAGUGGAACUGGGACGUAUAAUAGACCGAGGUCUAAGGGAGAGCAGGGCUGUGGAUACAGAAUCACUUUGUGUUGUUGCUGGGAAGUUUGUGUGGUCCAUCCGUGUUGAUCUUCACAUUUUGGAUAAUGGAGGGAAUCUUGUUGAUGCUGCUAAUAUUGCUGCUUUGGCUGCACUCCUAACAUUCCGAAGACCUGAAUGUACAUUAGGAGGAGAAGAUGGUCAAGAAGUGAUAAUUCAUCCACCUGAGGUGAAGGAGCCACUUCCUCUGAUCAUACAUCAUCUUCCCAUAGCAGUGACCUUUGCAUUUUUUGGCAAUGGUAACAUUGUGGCAAUAGAUCCUACUCACUAUGAAGAGGCUGUAAUGGGAGGAAGGAUGACUGCUACAUUGAAUUCCAAUGGCGAUGUUUGUGCAGUCCAAAAGGCUGGCGGAGAGGGUAUCAUGCAGAGUGUGAUUAUGCAGUGUUUGCGCAUUGCUUCUGUUAAAGCCACUGAUAUAACAAGCAAAAUAAAAAAUGCUGUUGAAGCAUACAACACUGAAAGAACACUAAGGAAGAUAAAGCGUCACCCAACAUCAGUUGCCGUGGAUGUCAAUGGACCAGACAUUAAAAUGAGGCUGUAUGAAGAACAAUCUGUUGUAAAGAAGGAAGCUGGUGUGCAUCCAAUGGUGAGGUUUGGGGAAAAAACAGAAGAAAGCUGUUCUACUAUAAGCAAUGGUAUUGAAAGUGAAACUCAAACGUCUCAACGUGUAACAAAUGCAGGAGUUGGUGAUACUAAGAGUUCCAUUGGUGGACCAUCAACUUGGGAUCCAUACUCGAAGGGCAUUGAUCUAUAUUCCCUUAGAACUUCUCUAGCUUCAUCUGUGAUGCAAAGACAAAAAAAGGAACAAAAAGAUUCAAGACAUGAUAAAAGGCUUAUUAAAGUCAAGGCUGAGGAGCCAGCACUAGAUGUUUGUGACAAUAGGUCUGCGCCAAUUGAAGCCAGUGGAGCACAACAGCAAGUGAAUGAAGUGAAGACUUUGAAAGAUGCUGUGAAGCCCAAAAACAAGAGAAAAGAAAAAGUAUCUUCCACCAUAUUAAGUUAAGACUUACUGUCAUUUGAUAACAGUUCCAUCUUAUCGACACCUGGAUGUAUGCUUGACAUAUUAACGCCAUAUUUCUCAUAAGCGAGCCUAAUUUAAGGUUUCCAUUUCUCUUGGCUGCAAACACCUGGAUCAGUCCAUGAUGUAAAAAUUUUCAGAUGUUGCUGGUUUUGAUCUUUC